AUGUCUUCGCCUGCGCAACCGACCGAGCUUUAUGCUGUGUCACGCCCCGAGAAUGGAAUCCAGCCACGCCUUCAUGGACUGGAAGAACACCAGAAGACAACCAUCAGCAUGUUCUUAGAGAACGGUAUCAAUCCAAAAAGCAUCGUCAAAGCCGCCCAACACGGCGGCAUUGAGAAUCUUCUCCAGGAAGCUGAACGCAUGGUUGUUGUCGCCGACACGUGGCAAAACUUUUAUAAUACCGACAUUAAGCUUCUUAUCCAGCUGUAUAAGAAGUAUGGCCGCAGCGUUUUGGAUGUCUGCCUAAACGAGCUCGUGCAAAUGUCCCGACAAGGCUUGCUUCAAGCCAAACAAGACCUCGAGAACGACGCAACGCCAACUGAAACACCCAUAAUUGAUGAUUACGAGCAUGCUGCUCCCACGGGAGAGAAGCUGGAUUACCCUGCCAAAUUUGCAGCCAAAAGACUGGAGUCCACUCACGUCCGUACCAGGACGCAGCGUCGUGCUUCUACGAUGGGGACACGACCUCUGCCCUCAUCUACCGGAGCCAAGAAGGCCGUGUCAUCGCCCGACUCUAAGAGCAAACGACGCGUCGUCGCGCACAUCUGUACACCACGCUGUCCCAAGUACAUGAAGAGGCAAGCCUUCAUCAAUCACGCGCUGCUCAAACAUAAGAACAAGCUCCCAAGUGAAACGAACUACCUCGAUCAUCAAUGGGACCAGCACUCGGAGAUCUUGUCCACAGAGGACGGCGAGGCUGGUGUGACGCCUCAGGAGCAUUCGGACACACCUUGUCCGUCUUCCUCAACUCCUGCUAGCGAAAUCGACAUCGGGGAGUCCUGA